CUGUUUUAUUGCUGAACAAAAUGGAGAGACCGCAAUAAAUUGUGGGAGUCGAACACGGCUGUGUUGACAGAGCAAGUUAGCUACACGUGAAGUGCAACCUUAUUAAUUCUGAAUUAAAGGCCAAUCCGGCAUUUUGAAGAUGGUGAAGCAAGCUAAAGGAACAGGUGUGGCAAUCAGGAAGAGAUCCAGAGUGCCUGGUGUUAUGAUCACACAGUAUGUUGAAGAAUUGCCACCUGGAUCUACUACUCCUGAUUUCAUCAGAAAACCCAUACCCUUAACUAUACAGGAGGGCAAACUAGCCAUUUUCAAAGCAGUUGUGUGUGGAUAUCCAGUACCACAAGUUUUAUGGGCACGUAACAAGGGAGAUAUCGCUGAUCCAAAAUAUAUUUCACGAUAUGAUGAGAAGAAUGAAGAAUAUAUUCUAGAGAUACCACGUGUAGAUUCGGAUCAAGCAGAUGUAUACAAAUGUUUUGCUAUAAAUUCAUUUGGAAGGGCUGUUUGUACUGCUGCACUGAAUGUCAUUGAAGUUGGAUUCAAGAAAAGAGCACCAGCUCCCAAAAAUGACCCUGAGGAGUUCAGAAAAAUGCUGAAGAAAACGGUUGUGAAGAGAAAAGAAAAGCAAUGGAAAGAAGGAGAAAUCGAUCCGAAGUUCUGGGAGGUGUUACUGAGUGCACCCAGGAAAGAUUAUGAACGCAUCUGUCAGGAAUUUGGAGUCACUGACUUCAGGUGGAUGCUGAGAAAACUUAACCAGAAGAAGAAAGAAAGAGAGGAAGAGCAGGCCAAGUAUGUUGAGAAAAUCCACAGAAUGAAACAGAUUGAGGUGAAAACGGAUGGCACAGCAGAAUUUGAACUUGACAUGCAGUUGAAGGAUCCUAGCAGUAAAGUCCUCCUCUUCAAAGAUGGGGAAAUGCUUGACUAUGGAGAUGGAACUGAUGAGUCCACGAAGCAUAACAUGCAGAAAUUUGGUGAAACAUACUUGUUUAGCAUUAGGGAUGUUGGCCCAGAAGAUGCUGGGUUAUAUCAAGUGGAUGUAGAGGAGGUGAACAUGUUCUCAACUUCGCUAAUGCUGCCUGAUGUGGAGUUUAAUACCGCACUGAAAGACACUAAAGUGACUGAGGGGCAGGAUGCAGUGUUUGAAUGUGCCUUAUCGGACCCUGUACCCCAAAUCACCUGGUGUGUCAAUGACAUCUCUGUUGACCAUGGGGAAAAAUAUGACAUUACAGUGUCAGAAGACAAGCAGGUCCACAAACUAGCAGUGAAAAAAUGUACAAAAGAAGACAAGGGAGUGUAUACAGCUGUUGCUGGGCUCAGGUCAAGCCAGGGGACUCUGAUUGUGGAAGAUGAUCCCAGUGCCCGUGGGAAAGGUGAGGAUGCAGAUGAACUAGCCAGACAUUUAGCAGAAGAGAAAGCCAGACUGCAGAGGGAAAAGGACGAGGCAGCCAGGAGGGCACAAGCUGAAAAAGAUGAAGCGGCCAGGAAGGCCCAGGCUGAAAGAGAUGAAGCAGCUAGGAAGGCCCAGGCUGAAAGAGACGAGGCGGCCAGGAAGGCCCAAGCUGAAAGAGACGAGGCGGCCAGAAGGGCACAGGCAGAACGAGAUGAGGCAGCAAGAAAAGCUCGGGAAGAACAAGAAGCAGCAGCCAGGAGGGCACAGGCAGAACGAGAUGAGGCAGCAAGAAAAGAUCGGGAAGAACAAGAAGAAGCAGCCAGGAGGGCACAAGCAGAACGAGAUGAGGCAGCAAAAAAAGAUCGGGAAGAACAAGAAGAAGCAGCCAGGAGGGCACAGGCAGAACGAGAUGAGGCAGCCAGGAGGGCACAAGCAGAACGAGAUGAGGCAGCAAGAAAAGCUCGGGAAGAACAAGAAGAAGCAGCCAGGAGGGCACAGGCAGAACGAGAUGAGGCAGCCAGGAGGGCACAAGCAGAACGAGAUGAGGCAGCAAGAAAAGCUUGGGAAGAAGAAGAGGCAGCCAGGAGGGCACAGGCCAAGCUAGAUGAGGCAGCCAGAAAAGCUCGGAAAGAAGAAGAGGCAGCCAGGAGGGCACAGGCCAAGCUAGAUGAGGCAGCAAGAAAAGCUCGGGAAGAAGAAGAGGCAGCCAGGAGGGCACAGGCCAAGCUAGAUGAGGCAGCCAGAAAAGCUCGGGAAGAACAAGACGAGGCAACCAGGAGGGCCCAAGCUAAAAAAGAUGAGGUGGCCCGUAAAGCUCAGGCUGAAAGAGAUGAGGCGGCCCGUAGAGCCCAGGCUGAAAGAGAUGGGGCGGCCCAUAGAGCGCAGGCUGAAAAAGAUGAGGCGGCCUGUAGAGCCCAGGCUGAAAAAGAUGAGGCAGCCAGAAAAGCUCGGGAAGAACAAGACGAGGCAGCCAGGAGGGCCCAAGCUGAAAAAGAUGAGGCGGCCUGUAAAGCCCAGGCUGAAAGAGAUGAGGCGGCCCGUAAAGCCCAGGCUGAAAGAGAUGAGGCGGCCCGUAGAGCCCAAGCUGAAAAAGAUGAGGAAGCCAGGAAGGCCAAGGCUGCUGAAAGGAUGGCAGCUAUGGUGGCAGGAAAUGGAGGAUCUAGCCUGGGAGAAGGGAAUGAAGGUGAUGGAACAGGGAAGAAUGGAAAAGGAGGAGAUGGUGUCUUGGGAGAUGGAUUAGGAAAUGGGAAACAUGGAAAAGGAGAUGCAUUGGAUUUGGACGGAUCAGGUGGAGAUGGGUCAGGUGAAAAGCGGAAGAAGCGUGUUAGAGUCGAAGACCUGAUUCCUAACAACAUCAUAGACCAUGGAGUCCACUUCCUGAACGGCUUGUCAGAUACUGCAGCCAGUGUUGGAGAAUCAGCAGAGAUGUCCUGCAAACUUAGCAGCGAAGAUAGCACCGGAUUAUGGUACAAAGAUGGAAAAAAGCUGGAGUCUAAGGAUGGACUUACAAUUGUCAAAGAUGGGGCUCACCACAAACUUAUCAUCUAUGACUGCCAGGAAGGCGAUUCUGGGAAAUAUAAGUUUGAGGCAGAAGGACGUAAAUCAGAGGCUACAUUAAUUGUUGAAGAUCCACCUAAAAUUGAUGCAGAUGCCUUGAAAGAAUUCUCAGAACCGGUUACUGUCAAAGCGGGAGAAAAUGCGUCUUUCAGACUACCAUUUUCAGGAAAAGAACCAUCUAAGAUUCAGUGGUUUAAAGAGGACGAAGAGUUGCUGGAGGGUCACGGUGUCAGGAUCGAAAAAUCUUCAGCUCAUAGCCGUCUACUUCUCACUAAGUGUCAGCGCAAAGACACUGGAGAGAUAAAAAUCAAAAUCAAGAAUGAAUUUGCCACUGUAGAGGCAACAUCAAAACUUACAGUACUUGACAGGCCAGCUCCACCACAAGGACCUGUAGAAAUUGUAGAAAGCUCCUUGUCCGCCAUUGAGUUUAAAUGGAGACCCCCAAAGGACGAUGGUGGUUGUCCAGUGACUAAUUACAACCUGGAGCGACAGCAGGUGGGACGGAACACCUGGACUAAAAUUGGAGACAUUCCUGGACAGCCUUCCUACAGAGACACAAACAUAGAUCGUGGCCGAAAAUACUGUUACAGAAUCCGGGCAAAGAACUCAGAGGGCUUGAGUGAUGUCAUGACAACUAAUGAUAUUGCUGCCGGCACUUUGGCAUUCCCUGGCACUCCUGCUCCUCCUAAAAUAGUCAGUGCCUUCAAAGACUGCAUUAACUUGGCCUGGCUUCCACCCUCCAGCACUGGAGGGGGCAGUAUCAUUGGAUAUAAUGUGGAAAAACGCAAAAAGGGCAGCAAUUUUUGGAGUCAAGCAAACCCAAAAGAUGAACCAAUCAGAGACAAAAAAUAUGCAGUAAAAGAUGUAAUCGAAGGUAUGGAGUAUGAGUUCAGAGUAAGUGCUAUUAACACAUGCGGGCCUGGGGAACCAAGUUGCCCAUCUGAAUGUGCAAUUGCAAGGGACCCCAAAAAGUGUCCUGGUAUGGUUAAAGACCUCAAAAUAACUGGAUCAAGCUACACCAGUCUGUCUCUUUCCUGGAGUAAACCUAAAGAGGUCAAAGGUGAGGAAGAUGAAGCAAAAGGCUAUUUUGUGGAAAUCAGACCCACAGACCAACUUGAGUGGAGCCGUUGCAAUACAAACGCGGUGAUUCAGACUUCCUUCACUGUUGUGGGAUUGAAGUCACUGGCCACGUAUUGGGUUAGAGUGAUCGCAGUCAAUGAAGGAGGAGAGGGGCUUCCUCAGAGCUUGGACAAUUACAUCAUUGCCAUGCCUCCUCCAGUUAAGCCAAAGUUCACUGACAAAAAAAUGAAAAGUUUCAUGGUUGUUAAAGCUGGAAACACUGUUCGUGUCAGCGUCAGUUUUGAGGCUUCUCCUUUACCAGACAUAACAUGGCUAAAGGAUGGUGCUCCUAUAGCCAAACAUGUGACGAUUACUAAUUUUGAAAAAGGUUCUCAGCUAUUUAUUUACACAUCAGAGCUGUCUGACACUGGCAUCUAUACAGUCAAUGUGAAGAAUAUGGUGGGCCAGGACACCUUCACUAUUGAAAUAAGAGUCACUGAUGACCCCAAGCCUCCAGGUCCGGUAGAACUGGAACAAAAUGUCCAGGGCACUGUGACUCUGUCGUGGACUCCUUCUCCCGAUGAGAAACGGGACAACCAUCUGCAUUACAUGGUGAUGAAGCGGGACUCUGUCAAGCAAACGUGGCGUACAGUGGUUGACCGCUUGUUCAACAACAAAUUCACAGUCAUUAACAUCUUGCCUGGAAGAGAGUACAAUUUCAGAGUGUUUGCUAAGAACGAUAUAGGCCUCUCAGAACCCUCAGUGUCUCCAGUCUGGGGAACAACCAAAAAAAGAGAAAAAUUCACAUAUAGCAUGCCUGUAUCAAAGACCCUCGGCUUCCAGGCAGCCCCCAAAUUUAUUGUCCCUUUGAAACUUCACGCUGCUCCUUCAGGUUAUGAGUGCUACAUGAGCUGUGCUGUGACGGGCAACCCAACCCCACAUAUUACCUGGUACCAUAAUAAUGUCAGCCUCAACACAAACCCUAACUACUACAUCACAAACGUGUGUGGUGUUUGUUCGCUGCUCAUCCUGAGGGUCGGACCCAAAGACAUGGGAGACAAAGUUGUAGCCGAAAGCCCCCUUGGUCAUGAUGAGUGCUCCACCAAACUUGUAGUCAAAGAAUAAAGAAAGGAGGACUUCAAACACCACCAUUUAUGAUUAUAUUUCUUGAAAGUGACACAAAUGAUAAAUGAAUAAAGAUAAAAUAAA